GUUUUCCUUCAGAAGUCUCCCAGAUUCUAAAUGAUAAAUUGAGUUUUAAUUGCGCCGAUAUUACUCAAAUAGAAUUCAUCCAGUCUUGAUGGCUUCUCACGAAAACGAGACACUGCUCGCACGGAAAUCAAGUGCCCAAACGAGAUCUUCCAGUUCCCCAGAGGAAUGGGGCGAGGGCUCGUCCAGCUAUUCGUCAAACUCCUCCUACUCUGGAACCUGCAGUGACGACAGCUACAUUGCCAACUGGGAAAACCACGUCGGCCAAGAUGGGACCUUGUUCUACGCCGAGUACAGCUACCAUGGAGCACCCAAAAUAAGUGCGAGUGGGGAAAAUGCAUUGAAUGUUAUGAAAGGCGACUUCAGCCGGGCUUCUACGCGCCGCAGCAGUAAGAAAACAAACGCCUCAAGUAAGCUGUCCAGGUUGAUUGGCAAGGCAGAUCCCAAGAAGGAUGAACCACAUCGAUCAGGACAGAGCCACGGAGCCGGAGAAACAAGCAAAGUCACGUUUAGUGAAGGAACUCAAGGCGAGGUGAAAGAGGUCGAGAUGUUCAUCAACCCUGAAAAUCGAUUCAAAUACGGGAGAAGGGCAACUGCUUCAGAGUCGAUGAUGGGCAUUUCUACUUGCCCCUUUCCAGAUGGAAAUCGAAUAAUGGUCGCUGGUUUUGUAGCCAACUCCGAGAUUGGGAAUGAAAAAUCGGUGAAAGUAGGCGAUUGGUUCAAGGCAAUUAACAACAUGGAAAUAACAGUUCAAAAUCUGGAUGAAGUUCUUAAUCAAUUCACUCGUCCGGUGAAGGUAGUUCUUAAGUUUCAGCGGAUAUCUGGCGAAGAACAAAUUACGCCAAAUUUCAAUACAAUACACCAAAUUGCCAAUUUUGAAUCAUACGCCAAGCAAGCCAGCGAGUUAUUAGUUGCUGCCCAGCCUGAUCAAAGGAAUAAUCAGGCUCCAAAUGAAAUGGUGAUGAGUAUGAUGAUUCUAACCCUGGAAUUUUCCGAUGCCGAUAUUGAAGCAAACGAUGUUGUGUUUUGUUAUCCUGAGAAAGAGGAAAAUGUUUUAUUCGGUGUUCGAGGAAGCUUCUUGACACUUAACUCGAUUUUGAAAUCGGAGCUGAGAUCGGAACCGAUAACAUCGUCGGUUGUCUCUGAUGGACAUGAAUACCACAUUUGUUACCACUCUUACAACAAAAUUCUACUUUUAUAUGCUGUCUCAUCGAAAUACUCAACCCUGAAGGAAUUGACCCUACGAACACAAGAGCUUGUUCAAUACUUCCAGUUUUUAUACCUAGGUCUCGACAUUGCGUUCAGCGACACAAUCAGAAAUGAAAUUCGAUAUGUUUGUGAAAUACUCAAAGCUCAAUUGAUAGAAAAUAGAGGACUCCCGCGUUUUGAAACGAUCCUCCAAGAAUCACAUCUAAUUCCAUUACCAAAAGAAGCUCAGCUCCGAAUCUAUGAUGCCAUCAGUGAAAUGGAGGCGAUGGACUACAGAGAAUGGAACGAUGAACCUUUGAAUUCGCACAGAGAAUUUUUCAUUUUCGGCAGCGUCCUCUACUUCAAAUCAUAUCUACUGGCGAGUCAUCUGCCAGUAGCUCAACUAGCUGGGCUAGAGAGUUUUCUUCGUUGUCGAGGGAUUUUCAGCUUUAUCGAAAAACAAAAUGUGCGUGACUUGGUCCUCUGGCAAGAGAUUCCCAUGAUGUCUACCACAAGUCGCUUCUUUAUAGCAAUAUCAAGCCGAAACCAACUUUUGCUAGCGACAAUAUUGCAGUCCUUCACAAGCGAACAGCGUAUUUCAGAAAGUGGAACAAUUGAAGAGAAAGUCAUCGGUCCAUCACUUUUCUACAUUGAGGAGAUACAAGAAACGCUAGAUCAUUUGCGACAUGGAGGUAUUGAGGCAUUAGCUAGGGUUUGGAUGACUUCUAACAAGCGACCGGAAGUGGUUUUGAGCCCCAGCGGAUUGCAAAGCAAAAAUAUGGUUCCGUCGAAACGAACGGAAGUGAUAUCGAUUCUGAAGCAUCGGGCGACGUCUUCUGAUGAUGUCCGUGUUGAGUCUUCUGCUGGAGGCAGUUCGGUGCAAAGUGAAGAUUCGAAUCAGAAAAUGGAGGAUUGUGAUAGUGAUUCAGAUUGGGAUGGAUUUCCGGAUAGUCACAAGAGUUCGAGUGGCUUUGAUAUGUCAGAAAUGAAGGAUUCGUUUCUUAAGGAGGUUUCCGAUAUUGUUCCGAGCAAAAUUUCAGCCGGAAAAGAAAAUGUUAUUUAUCACUAUGUGCAUUUGGACGUUGGCACUGGUAUGAUCCUAUCGCCUCCAGAGAUUGGAAUGGAUGCAAUUGUGAAGAACUUCCGUAAUGCAUGUUAUCUAAUACAUGGCGUUCUACAGAAUACUAAAAAGUUUCGUCGUCUCCUCGCACAAGAAUCCGUGAAGCCGAAUACUCAUAAAAGUUUAGUUGCAAUAAAAGAGCAUGGAAUUUUGAUAUCUAUUAAGAAUGAGUCUGGGACGGAAAGUAGUUUUUGGGUUGUGGGGCGACUUUUUACAUCCCCAACGAGAGAGUUGUACGUUUGUCAUCGAGCAGAUAUUCCUCAAAAUCUGGUGGAAAUUGCCUUCCGAUUAUCCUUCAUUACAGCAGGUUGACUUUUCACUAUUUUUUUUACAACUCUCGAAAUACAAUGUAUUGGUCAGCGACAUUUUAUAUAUUUUUUUACUCCAAAUAAAAAGAUUAUUUUUUUUAAUAAAACUUCCUUGUACUUUG